CAAAAAAAAUACCUGUAGAAAUUUUGUUUUUUUUUCGAUUUUUCAUUAUUAUUCACCAUUUCUUCGAUACCUUUAUGGCCAUGAAGAUGAUUUUCUCCAAUUGGGUAUUGCGCCUGCGAUCAGAUUCAUAUGAAAUGAUCCAUACACUUUUCAUUUUUAUUUUUGUGUGUGUGUGUUUUUUUUUCUCCCCUUUCAUCAUCAUCAUCAUUAUAUCUUAUAAACACUAGGAAAUUAUAUGUCAGCAUUCUGUUCUUUUUUUAUAUUGUUGAAGAGACAAACAUUGGAAAAGAAUCACAUAUGCUAUUAUAUAAUGGUAUAUUGUGACUAGCAAUAUAUACACAGAACAAUAAUGGAUCAAGUUUUGAUAAUGUGAUAGUCAUACAUAAUUAUGUUAUUACCGCAUACCUAGAUUGUUGGUUGUUCGGCCCGGUUCGUUCGAAUUCUUUCUAGUUUUUCUUUCUUUGUUUUAAAAUUCAUGGUUGCUUAGGACAGCGGAGAAAAAAUUCCAAUAUACAUUUUAAAUCUUGUGUGUGCCAUUCCAUUUAAUACUGAAUUCAAUGUCAAAGUCAAAGUUUUUCUCACCAGACAAUUGGACGAUUGUUAAAUUUUUUUUGAAAUUUUUAUCAAAAAAUUCGAAAAAUAAUCUCAACAAUAAUAAUGAUCGAAACAUCAAUAAUCGAUCAUUUGAUAGCGAAAAAAAUCGUCCAAAACUUCGGAUCGAUCCACCAUCGCCAUUACGACCAUCAUCAUCAUCAUCGAACAAAAACAAUGAUCAAUACAUCAAUGAUGGUCCAAGUUUAGGCACAUUGAUAUGCAAACUUAUCUUGGCAAUUCAUUUUAUUCUAUUUAUUCUUCUACAAUUUCUUUGGUCUUCUUGGUGCCUAUGGUUCCAGAUGAAUACAAUGGAUCCAUUGUUCAAAAUGGCAUUGUUCACGACAAUGACCUUUAUUGAUUCUUAUCUUUCCUAUCAUGUUUUAUUAUGGUUGAUAAUUCUUAUAAAAUCGAUGAAAAAAAGGACACACCAAUAUUUAAUCGAACGUCGACGAAAGCGACAACUAGGACGAACCCCGCCUGAGCUUCAAACCACAUUGACAACUCCAAUGAGCGCAUUAACAUUACAAAGUCUUUCAUUGGUUUCCAAUUAUUUUGAUGUAACGCCUACACCGACGCCAACGAUUAUCAUACCAACAAUCAAUGUUCGUUUAGCUCAAGACCAAGAUGAUUAUGAUGAUGAAACGGGAUUUGAAUCAAUAAAGUUUAUUGAUGAUUCCAAAUCUACAAUGGACAUGAAUUCUUGUUUGAGUUUCAUUAAAAGAAAAUCGUCUGCAACAUCAUCAAUAUCGUCAAUUGAUAUGUUGGCAAAUUAUUUAAAUCAAUUCGAUGUUAGUUAUUUGAGGAAACAUAGCCAAGAUUUGACUACUGGAGAAAAGCUAACCUCUUCAAACGAAAGUUUGGCAACUGAAUGUUCGAAAUCUUACCGUGAUUCAAUGCCCUAAUCAAAGAGAAAAAAUGACAUUUUGAUUAAAAAAAUUUUUUUUAACUUAAAAGUUUAUUUUAAAAUAAAUUCGUGAUGAAAUCCAUGAAAUUCAUUUACCAUUUAAUAAUACCUGUUUCGAAUUUGAAUAUAUUUCAAAAUGUUCUAUCUGCUGCCAUCUAAUGUCUUUAAUACAAUUAUUAAUUGUUUAUGAAUCGUCUGCUUUUUCUGUCGAUAGACGGCAGUACUGUUGAUGCAUCGAAUGGAUUAAGUAUCGCCAUCUGAUUAUAAAAUAUUAAACUAAUUAUUUUUCAAA